UCACCAUGCGCCAUGAUGGUGUCAUUUGACGCAGAGCCCCGCCUUCCUCGCCAGUGCAGCAGCAGCAGCAGCGCGAUGAUGAUGAUGAUGAUGAAGAUGCUGACUGCAACCGUCCCCACGCUGCUACUUUUAACCCUCCUAACUCCUUCCAAUGGCAUCCUCCCUGAUAUAGUGGACUCAGGAAUUAGCCACAUCCUGGAUAAUUCCAUCCCAGAAGAUCCCAUAUUGAUGCAGGUGGAGAAACAGGACCAGGAUGAGCAGCUCAUGUUUGGGCAGCAAGAGACAACCAUUUCUACGACGACUGUACAAUUCACCGAGCUGGACAAUCAUAUUAACACUGGCUGUGUCACCACUGAGGAUUGUGGGAAGGGGAGGUACUGUCUUUUGGAGAAAGACAACUCCAGGUGUCAGGCUUGCAAAGGCAUUGAUGUGCCUUGCACUAAAGAUGAGGAGUGCUGCAACACUGAGUUGUGUGUUUGGGGUCAGUGUAGUCCAAAUGCAACCAAAGGACAAGCAGGCUGUACGUGCCAGCAUCAGGGCGACUGCAGCCAGGACCUCUGCUGUGCCUUUCACACAGCCCUGCUCUUCCCGGUCUGCUCUGCUAUGCCGAUUGAACGGGAGCGUUGUGUUCCUGCCUACAAAAAACUGAUAGACGAUAAAGCACCCAGGAAACACUGUCCCUGUGCAGGGGAUCUCCACUGUCAGCAUCUGGGGCGCGGGUCCAUGUGUCUUAAAGAAGUCGACUCAGUUGAAGAGGACCUGACAGACAGCCUUUACUCAUCCAUAGACUAUAUCCUUUAAAUGCUAAAUUCAUAUUGCAUUAUUCUCAUUUCCUGUUUGCAAACCUAUCCCUGAAAAAACAUAGCAUGACAUGUAGACAACAACACAACUAACAAGUUGUACAUGCUUACCUGAGGUUUAGAGGUCUGUGACUGCCAACAGGAAGUUGAUGACUGGCCUGGGGGGGGGCUCAUUGUACACUCAGUCAGGUCCAUUGGGGGCAUGUAACCCCACUACGACUAUGCACUCAGCUUUAUGCACUGUAGGAGCAAUGAAUAUGUAUUGCACAAGUAAAAGUUGUACAAUUUCAAUGACUGUUGGCUGUUAUUUUCUGUCUUUAGUUCUAUCCAGUGACCAAAUGUCUUGGUUUCAUAGGACAUUUCCACAUCCAGCAUGAGAGAACUCUGCAGUAUAUGAUGUACAGUGGUAUGAAAAAGUAUCUGAACCUUUUGGAAUUUCUCACAUUUCUGCAUAAAAUCACCAUCAAAUGUGAUCUGAUCUUUGUCAUUUAUAGGUUUUCAUAUUUUAAUGAGGAUAGCAUGCAAACAAUGACUGAAGGGGGAGGAAUAAGUAACUGAACCAUCAUAUUUAAUAUUUUGUGCCCCCCUUUGGCAGUAAUAACUUCAACCAGACGCUUCCUGUUGCUGCAGAUCAGUCAGUCUGGCACAUCAAUCAGGACUAAUCAUGGCCCAUUCUUCUUUACAAAACUGUUCAGUUACUUAUUCCUCCCCCUUCUGUCAUUGUUUACAUGUUAUCCUCAUUAAAAUA